CUCCGUUCCGGCGGCAUCGUUGGGUUUGAGAAGAAACGCAGGAGCUCACGUGGAACCUCACUGCGCGUGCGCCGAGGCGCCUCCCUGUCCGCGGCGGCUGAGGCCCCGGGGGGCCGGAAGGAGCCUGCGCAGCCUGCUACCACGUGACCAGCACUCUCUUCCCUACGUAACGCCCACUCUCCUCACGUGCCCCUCCCCGUAUGGGAGUUCCUCCGGGAGGACCAAUCUUCCGGGUGGAGGGGGAAGCGGCGUGAGCGGAGUGGAAAAUUUUUUCCAACACAUCGUCGCAGCUGCAGCUGAUUGAAAGGAGCACAAGCAAGCCAGAGUAUAAACUGAGAUGAUCGCGCGAAACUUCUGCUCCUCCUCCUGACUUGUUAACCAGUCGACUUAACACGAGCCCCAAUUGCCUUUCCCCCCCCUUCGUCUUGGUACGGCCCUUGGAGUACGGAGCCUGCAGAGGGUCCCACGCUGGAAGAGAGAGAGGAGGAGUCGGAAGAGACAUUAGAGGUCACCCAAAGCAGCCGUCCCCUCUGCAGCCUCUCUGACAAGUGCUUUUCAGGUUCAUACUUAAGGAUUCAUAGCUUUCUUCUGAAGAACUGAAAGCCCGUUCAUGUGAAUUAUUUUAUUUUAUCAUACAUCCUUCCUGUGUGACUGACCAUUCUUCACAACCCGGAAGGAAGAGAAGAGACUCGUUCGGGAUGUUUGACGGUUAUGAUAGCUGCAGUGAGGACACAAGUAGCAGCUCCAGCUCUGAGGAGAGUGAAGAAGAAGUUGCUCCUUUACCUUCUAAUCUCCCAAUUAUCAAAAACAAUGGACAAGUCUACACUUACCCAGAUGGUAAAUCUGGCAUGGCUACCUGCGAAAUGUGUGGGAUGGUUGGUGUGCGAGAUGCUUUUUACUCUAAAACAAAGCGUUUCUGCAGCGUUUCAUGUUCAAGAAGUUAUUCGUCAAACUCCAAGAAGGCAAGCAUUUUGGCCAGACUUCAGGUAACGGGUAAGCCUCCAACAAAGAAAGCAAAAGUUCUUCAGAAACAACCUUUAGUUGCUAAACUAGCCGCGUAUGCUCAGUAUCAAGCUACCUUGCAAAACCAAGCAAAGACUAAAGCAGCAGUCUCCAUGGAAGGUUUCAGCUGGGGUAACUACAUCAAUAGCAAUAGCUUCAUAGCAGCUCCAGUUACUUGCUUUAAACACGCGCCUAUGGGGACCUGCUGGGGUGAUAUCUCAGAAAAUGUGAGAGUAGAAGUUCCCAAUACAGACUGCAGCCUACCUACCAAAGUCUUCUGGAUUGCUGGAAUUGUAAAAUUAGCAGGUUACAAUGCCCUUUUAAGAUAUGAAGGAUUUGAAAAUGACUCUAGUCUGGACUUCUGGUGCAAUAUAUGUGGUUCUGAUAUCCAUCCAGUUGGUUGGUGUGCAGCCAGUGGAAAACCUCUUGUCCCUCCUAGAACUAUUCAGCAUAAGUAUACAAACUGGAAAGCUUUUCUAGUGAAACGACUUACUGGUGCCAAAACACUUCCUCCCGAUUUCUCACAAAAGGUUUCAGAGAGUAUGCAGUAUCCUUUCAAACCUUGCAUGAGAGUAGAAGUGGUUGACAAGAGGCAUUUGUGUCGAACCCGAGUGGCAGUGGUGGAAAGUGUAAUCGGAGGAAGAUUAAGACUAGUGUAUGAAGAGAGUGAAGAUAGAACAGAUGACUUCUGGUGCCAUAUGCACAGUCCGUUAAUCCAUCAUAUUGGUUGGUCUCGAAGCAUAGGCCAUCGAUUCAAAAGAUCUGAUAUUACAAAGAAACAGGAUGGACAUUUUGAUACACCACCACAUUUAUUUGCUAAGGUAAAAGAAGUAGACCAGAGUGGGGAAUGGUUCAAGGAAGGAAUGAAAUUAGAAGCUAUAGACCCAUUAAAUCUUUCUACAAUAUGUGUCGCGACCAUUAGAAAGGUGCUGGCUGAUGGAUUCCUGAUGAUUGGGAUCGAUGGCUCAGAAGCAGCAGAUGGAUCUGACUGGUUCUGUUACCAUGCAACCUCCCCUUCUAUUUUCCCUGUUGGUUUCUGUGAAAUUAACAUGAUUGAACUUACUCCACCCAGAGGUUAUACAAAACUUCCUUUUAAAUGGUUUGACUACCUCAGGGAAACUGGCUCCAUUGCAGCACCAGUAAAACUAUUUAAUAAGGAUGUUCCAAAUCACGGAUUUCGUGUAGGAAUGAAAUUAGAAGCAGUAGAUCUCAUGGAGCCACGAUUAAUAUGUGUAGCCACAGUAACUCGAAUUAUUCAUCGCCUCUUGAGGAUACAUUUUGAUGGAUGGGAAGAAGAGUAUGAUCAGUGGGUAGACUGUGAGUCCCCUGACCUCUACCCUGUAGGGUGGUGUCAAUUAACUGGAUAUCAACUACAGCCUCCAGCAUCACAGUCGUCAAGAGAAAGCCAAUCAGGUUCAUCAAAGCAGAAGAAAAAGGCUAAGUCCCAGCAAUACAAAGGACAUAAGAAAAAGAGGAAGAUGCCAGUUGGGAAGAAGCCUGUCAGUUUGUCGAGCCUGCCCAUGACAGGUGGGGUGCGGAGGAGCUUCUCUGGUGACGAAGAGUUGACUCCUCCUCCAUAUCGAACCCUUCCAGCACAGACAGCCCCAGAGGCCUUCCCACCUCCCAGCACUAGCCGAGAGUUCAGUCCCAGCCUCAAAACAGUGACAACAUUGCAGCUGAAGGAGGAGUUGAUAGAUGGAGAGGAUUACAGUUUCCUGCAAGGAGCGUCUGAUCAGGAAAGCAAUGGCUCUGCCAACUUCUACAUCAAACAAGAGCCAUGAGGUGGCUCAGAACCUGAGGGCGGGAGGGGACAAAUUUUACACAGGACUGAUUUAUAAUCGAUCCAGCUGUACAGCGGGGCUAUUCCACUGGGACAUUUUGCUAAACACAGAAAAUUUCAGUUCCGGAUUUUUCAGGUGGGCGGGGAAACUAUUUUAGUCGUGGGGGGAAAUUUUUCAAUUUAUAAAGAUGGACAAUUUUUGUGUUGUAUUUGAAGCUUUUGAAAGAAUUUUGUAAUAUUUUCCAAGUUUGGAUUUAUGUGCAUUGUUAACAAGAACUGAAAUUCUAACUUUUUUGGUAAGAUUAAAGUUUAGGUAGCAGGAUUGAAGGAAAUGAUUUAAGAAGGAUAUAGUCGUAAAUGCAAAUGAACUGUCGUUACAAAUGAACCUUUUUGGUACCUGUUGGGAGAUUUGGGGAUUUAGAAGUUAGGCCAGUCACAUCUCCAGCUUCCUUUGCUGCAGAAAUAUGCAACUGAACCCCCUCCUGGAGGGUUCUUCACCACGUAGAUCAUGGAAGGGGUAAUUAAUUCUGCUUGUUGGCAUUUUAUCGCAGCCCAUUUUAAAUGUUUGUACAGAAACGUUUUUCAUUCUGUGAAAAUUUAUUUGGAGUUCUGUAUGAAACUGGAAGAACUCUGGAUACUUUUAUAUGUUUUAAUUAAAAAAAUGAUUAAAAUUAUCCUAACACUAAAGUGUUAAACUGGAAUGGUUGACAAGAUAUACAGGAUCUCAGUCUACAUGGUGAGGGGUUGGGGAAAAUGCAAUAUUGUCCUAAGUUUAUGUGAUUUAACCUUACUAAAAAAAUACCCCACGAACAGGAUUCUGAUCACUUCUCUGCCAUUUCCCUCCGUCUGUGAGAUAAUACUUGAUAGAACCACACCCCACAACAGAUGUUCUGUAUUACCACAAGAAUCAAAUGAAAAGUUGUUUAAAGCCAAAAUGUUUAGAUUUCAAAAUCAUUCCAGCUCUGCUUUUAACUAUCCUGGAUUUGUUAGAAAACUAAUUUGAAAGAGAAUUUUAAUUUUCUUAAAAUUCCAUAUAUAUAU